GAUAAGGUGAGUCAGUGUGGUGGGGGAAUUCAGCUGGGAACUUCGGAGCGCGCGCUGGGAUUGAGUGUGGUGUUCAAGGUCUUCAAGGUGUUUCAGGUGCUGUGGUGUUUCAGGUGUUUAAGGUGCUGUGGUGUUUCAGUCAGCAGGUUUGAAGUGAAAGCACAGCUAACAGCAUGGGCGAGACAGUGGAGAGUGUGAACGGGACAGUGACCAGGUCUGCUGAGUACAUUGGCUCAUUUCCUGUUGAUGACUGCAGUUUGGAUGAACAAGUUCAAAAGCUGCACUUGCAGCUGAAGUCCCUCAAGCGCUACAAGCGUAGGCGCUACGUCUCCCUGAAAUUCUCCAUUAAAGGGGUGAAGGUUUAUAACGAGGACGAGACGACUCUUCUGAUGGCCCACGCCCUGCAGCGAGUCUCGCUGUCCAUCGCCCGGCCCUCUGACGCUCAGUUUGCUUUCGUCGCCCACAAUCCCGGCAGCCCCGACACUCAGCUCUACUGCCACCUCUUCAAGGCCAGACACGCCAGAGCUGCCCAGUUCCUGAACCUGCUGCUGUGCCGCUGCUUCCAGCUAUGUUAUCUGGAGAAACAUCCAGAAGAGGCUGAGGACAAGUCAUCUGGGAAGAAGCCCACUCGUAGCCUAUCCCUGCUGAACCACGGCUUCCCGCUCAGCGUCAGCGCCCUGGUGUCCUUUCGCAGGGCGCCCAAUCAGGGUCUGCUGUCAGUGACGAAGGCUGGGGUCUCCUCCAAACCCAGCACAGAGACUACUAGCAGUCCAGACGAUGUCUUCCCCACGUCCCCUACGCUUGUGCGUAAGCAGGCCAUGAGGGACAAAGUGCUGCGCUCGGGGGCUUACCGUUCCUUCACCUGCACUCCUGUAAAACAGCGGCACCUGCAGGAACGCCUGAACGCUCCACAAGACAAGGGACAGGACAGUGUGCCGGAAUGCAAGGUGCGCGCCCCAAGCUUGGCCGAAACCGAAGAAGCACUGGCUCAUGCCGUGUGGAGCUGGGCUGGCGUCUCUAGUGACAGCAGUUCAUCUCUGCUUGCUGAAGACGUCCUCGGUUCCUACUUGCUGUGUCCCCACCUCAAAGAUCCCGGCGUUGAAUCUCUGCUCAUACGCUUCCCUUCAGGUGUGGUUAAUUUGGCUAUUAAGGCCUCCGGCAAUGGCAGAUUGUUCCUUGAGAAUUGUCGUGUACAGUUUGAGAGUCUCACUGCGCUGAUCGAGCACUACACUGAGACCAGAGACGAGCUGGAGGUGCCGCUGAUUUGCACUCGUGUUAACCACUGUUACGAAUGGGAAGAGAGCAAACUCCAGAUUAAGGGCUCACUACAACAGAAAAACACCAAAGAUCAAUCCUGGGUUUAAAUCCAGUUCAGUGUUUUAUGUGUGUAAAGAUCUCUGGUUUUAGACUCUUAACUCUUUAAACAGGGACCUGUUCUCCUUUUUUCAUCAACUUCUAGACACUUUUAACCUUUAAUGACACUUAACUUCUAACGUUCUGCACAUGAUACACAAAACACAAGGUUAUGUUAUGAUUGUUUAGUUUUUGCUUUUUGUUCUCAGGAAUAGGGUUUUUUUUUACGUUGACACCUAACAAUACUGACUUUUUUUCCCCCUCUGACAGCCCUGUAAUUUUUGUGUUGUAUGUAUAUCUAAAUGUUUUUUUUUUUCAAUCAUUUUAUAUUUUAAAACAUUUAUUAUGCAGUAUUGUUAACUAGCCAGAGCUGUAAACUUAAAUCACUCUUACGUGAGUUGGCAGGUCAGUUAAGGAGUUGAAAUUUUGGCUGAAUAUCUCGUGAAUGAUGUGGAAGUCAGUGCAAUCUGUUUUCUUGAUAAUAUUUGUGGAACUGUGUUUUAAUGCAAUCAGCUCUAGUCAGAGUUGCAGUUUGCCUUUCUGUGGUUCCCUUUUCUUUUCUAACACAACCUGACCUUUUUAUUAGGCUUUUUAUCAGCUUUAUUACUGAAGCACUUUCCUAAGAGAAUCAUGUAUCUCUUGGAAUUAUAUAUAUAAAUGUUUUAACAGUGA